CCAGUACACAACAACAAAAUUAAGUACGAAGUUAUGGAAUCGUACUGGAGCGAAACAAAUGGACACGCUCCGCAUUCGGUUAAGUAUGAAAGCGAAGCAGCAGUAUCCAGUUUUCCUUAUUGCACAGAAUCUAGCUUAAAUUUUUCCACAUCAGCUACAGCAUACAGCGAGGAUGAUGCAGAAUAUGCCACCGGAAGACGUAAUAAAACUUCGAGGCAAGAUCCCUUAUCUCAUCGCAUCAUUGAGAAACGAAGACGCGAUCGCAUGAAUUCCUGCUUGGCAGACCUUUCACGACUCAUUCCACCUCAGUAUCAACGCAAGGGUCGUGGUCGUAUUGAGAAAACAGAGAUCAUCGAAAUGGCCAUUAGACAUUUAAAACAUUUACAAAGCGAAUGCAUCCAGAAGGACAACGAGUACCGAAUGGGUUAUACGGACUGUAUGAAAGAGGCCGCCAAGUUCCUCUACGAGAGUCACAUGGAGGAGUUUUGUUACCGCUUGGUGGCACGUCUGCAGGAGCACUGCGUGGAGUUGAUGAAAAAUGACUGUUAUAAAUCACGUAGUUGUCAUAUACCAGAUAAUGUGAGUGCAUCGAGCGGUAGUCCGCAUCAAGCAUAUCACACGGCUGCGCCACUUUGUCAAUUGCGUGACAUGCUAGGCAAUUCGGAUAUUGAGCAGAGCAAUGACCAUAAUGAUGUUAAAGAUUUGAGUUUCCGCAAUCAUUUAAAUCAAAUGCAACGCAAUGUUGCUGCCGCAGCUGCUGCUGUUGCGGUUAACAAUAACACUAACAGUAGUAUCGUACAUGAGCAUAAUAGUAGCGGCAGCCAGACCAAUGCAGCUAGCAACUCAACCACUUCAUCGACGACAACGUCUUUGAAUAACACUAUUAGCACGACGACGGCCGUGCCUAACAACGGUGUUUUGGUAGUAGGCGGAGGUCCAACGAACAGUUCGCAACUACGUCCACAUCAGGCUCCCGUAAUAACUUCUACGGGGCCGGCGAUAUUGAAUCACCAUAACGAAUCCAGUAAUCACGAUUUUGAAUCAUCGCGAGAACCGCUCUUACAUACUGAUACGUCCAAUAUGCAUUCACCUCCACCACGCGAUUCAUUGCUGCAUCAUCACGCUCACCUGAGUCAUCAUCAACAUAAUUCGGAUAGUUUGUUGUCAGCGCGUAUGCGGAAUUUCUCUGAAUCAUCACACGAUAUUGAGCACAACAAUAACUAUAAGUACAAAAAUCAUAUAAAAGAGCGUUUUAAUCACGAACUGCAUGACGAAGAGACAUCUAGCGAACAUUGUCCGGCACCGCCACUUCUACAAAGCGAACAUUCACACACUCACUCCUUGUCUGAACAUUCGAAGGAUGGCACCGAGCCCGAAAUUGCACCAAUUAUAGCAAAGAAACGUAAAAUGGCAGAGGCUGCAGCUGCAGUGUUGGCAGCGGGCACAAGCGCCAAUAGCAAUAUCGCUUUGGACGACUGUGACACACGUCCCCCCACCACCACUAAUAGCAUGCUGAGCACGCGCGAUGAAAAACCCUUUAGUUUCGCCGACAUCAAAACUGAAUUAAGUGCACAACCCGGCUUUGGAGGUGCGAAGUCACAUUUUAGUACCCCCAGCAGCACUACCCACGUAUCACCGAAUUUACAAUCGUCGCGUUCUUUCGCUGUACCGAUCUUUGCUUUACACGGUCAAGGUACUUACUACAUACCACUAAAUAUUGAUUAUAACGUGUUAGUUCCAUUUCUUAAUGGCGCCGAUCUACUGGAAAAGAAUUAUGCGUCGAUGCCGGUAGUGCAUCCAAUAAAUAUUAAUGUAAAUUUUAUGCCCACCUCAUCAUCAACAUCGAUACUUGCUGCCGCUGCUGCAGCGGCCGCUGUAGUGGUGGGCAAACAGCAAUUGCCUCCUGUUAACGGCACGGUAUCCUCGACGGCAGCGGCUGCGGCAGCCAAUGUGGCAGCUGUGACCAAAGCUAAAUUAGAGAGCAUCAGUAACGGUUGGUAAUCACGAGAAUAUAUUCCAAUAUCAGUUAAAAACAUAUUACAAUAACUGCAACAACUGUGCGCAGGCGCACGAAAGUAUAUGGUGCAAAGCGUUUCACGCACUGGUCGUUUGUCUUCAUGACAAGGCUAAAUCCUCAAUUACUACUACAAGGAACAGCACUACCUCAGACAUCUGUGAAAUAGGAUGAAACAGUAAAGGUACUUUGAACCCAGCGUCAGUCUGCAACAAGUAGCUAGUUAUCGUCCACACACUAAGCUGCACGUAGUCCGCUAUUACAGCAACGACAUUUCGAACUGGAUAGGCUACGACUACCUGACUGACAGCUAGAAUGUUUACAGUUAUUUCAAAAUGAUAUUGAUUAUGCGGGCGAAGAAUAAAUAUGAAACAAAACUAAGCAAACAAACGAGGAAAGAAUUUAUUAAUAAUUGUAAAUACUACUGACUCUGAAAUUGAAGAGUUUAAUGAGGUUUCGUCUUUUCUAAAGGACAUAACAGCAACUAUUACAAAACGUAUAAAAAUGGCAAACAAUAAAUUAUUUACAAACUUUUAGAUACUGAAUUUUUCUGUUCACGGACUGGGAUAGCUGCAGAGCAAUGAGUGUGCAAUUGAAAGCUAAUUUUAGUUAGUUAUUUGGUAUAAAUGUAUGUAAGUUUUUACUUGUAUAUGAGUAGGGCAGCCAAGUUUUUUAAAAUGUAGGACUAAACACAAGUUACAUUUGCUGUGUAUUAAAUAAAAAACAAAUGCUACUAGUCAAAAGCUACAAUGAGAAAGAAAAAUAAUAAUAAAUGACGUGACUUUGUUAGAGAAAUAGGUUUACAAUUACUCAUACAAAAUAAUAAGUUAAUGUUACUUCUUGGAGUAAAAUUUGUAGGAUAUUUUGUGUAACAUAUUUCUUCUCAAACAAAAUAGUUUAUCAAAGUAAGUAAAAUUGUAAAAUGUUUUCUUUUCGCGAAGGAAAUUAAGUUAGUACUAAAGUUAUGGAAUAUUUGUUUUUAUUUGCUAAGGGGAAUAAUAUUCGAUAAAAUGGAAUAUUUUUAGAGUAUCUGCUUGUUAUAAGAAAUUGUAUACAUACAUACAUGAAAUAAUUAUGGAUACAAGCUAUUUUAAAUGUUAACGAAUAUGUAUAUUUUGUAUUGAAAUGUAGCUUUAGCAAUAUUAUUCAACAAAUAAUUAUUAGAGCAGUUUAAUUUAUACAUAAAUACCAUUUUCUUAACUUUUUUACAUGCCACAAAAUAAAAAACUUUGCCUCUUUUUAUAUUUUUUUAUUAUACUUUCACGGCAAGACCACAAAAAUAUAAUGCAUAUUAUCUUCUGUGAAACGAUUCAACCAAUAUUCUAUGAGUUCAGGUACAAUAUAUGCAAAACUUUUUGUAUAGUUGGAUUAUAUCUGAUGAGCUCAAAACCCAUGCACGUUUGCACGUUUUUCUAUAUAUAAAUUGGUAAAUCGUAAU